GUGUAUUUGAUCGUAUAGACUCUAACGGUUAAGGUCAGAUGGCGCCACUACCAGUUUUCUUUAACGAAAAAUAGAGCGAUAAAAUAGCGAAUUUAACGUCUCAUGUUCGUUUUUGAAUAAAUUAGUCUCUUAUACCGAGUAUUCUACAAUUUUCAAGAUAAUGUAUCUAGGAGGAGAAUUAUAUGACAUAGACGCUAUAGAAAGCGAUUCGGACAAUAAAUACUCAUCAGGAUCGGAAGAUGAAGAAGAAUUUGAGAAAUUCUUAUCGAACUCUAAAAAUAGUAUUAAUAAAUCUAUUCAAGGUGAAAUAGUUAAACGAAGACAACAAAAUAAAGUUAAAAAGAAGAAUACAUUUGAAGAUGAAAUGGAAGAAGAGAUUGAUUCAAUUAUAUCUUCUAUACAAGAAAAAUAUUUGUUCACAUUUCCCUCAUCAGUUUUUGUUGGUCAAAACAAAAUCAAGAUAGAAUCCUCGUCAGUGACUUCUUUUGAUGCAGCACUCAUGGAAUCUGAAGAAAAAAAACCUUCGGCUAUAAAAUCUGCCAAGUCUCCUCAAAAAAGGAAAAGGGUAACUUUUGCUAAACCAACAGGAGAUGUGGCUGAAAAAGAUACAAAGCCUGCUGCUGAGAAAGAAGAAACUGAAAUGGAAACAGAAGAUUACGGUACUGAUUAUGAUGAAAACAAAAAUGAUACUGAAGUUAAUGACAGUCUUCUUUACGACCCGGAAAUGGAUAAUGACGACGCUCUUUGGGUUGAGAAUGAAAGACGUAGAGGACGUAAUAUGCCUUCCAAAAAUGGUAAAUUGGAUAAACCGCCCAACAGUGAUGCUGUUUUAGACUGCCCAUCCUGCUUAUCAACCUUAUGUUUAGAUUGUCAAAGGCACGAAUUAUAUACAAAUCAAUAUAGAGCAAUGUUUGUUAUGAAUUGUCGCCCUGUUUUAACUGAGGAAUUACAUUAUCAAUCCAAAGCUAAGAAAAGAAAGGGAAUGAAACAAGAGACAGAAAAAGAUGAAACCUACCAUCCAGUUCGAUGCUCUGAGUGUAACACCGAGGUUGGAGUGUAUGAUAAGGAAGAAAUAUAUCACUUUUUUAAUGUUUUAGCCAGUAGGGCAUAAUAAGAGAUGUGUAUAACAAUUUACACUUCUAUUCAUUUUGUAGUAUAUGAAAUAAAAAGGAAAAUUCUGUUGUAAAAUCAAUUAUUUUACUUCUAAGAAUAAUAAUCAAAACAAGAAUCACAGUCUGAAUUAGCUUAAUAUUUAUUUUCAUCAGAAAAAUUAUCUACUCAAAUAUAUUUUAAUUUUUUCAAGGCUGCAUUCUAAUGGCACCAUCCAAUCUGACAGUUUCACCAUUCAUCAUGGGUGAUUGAAUUAUAAAUUGAGCUAAAUGGCCAUAUUCAUCUGGAUAGCCUAGACGUUGGGGGAAUGGAACUGACUUGGCUAGAUAACUUCUAACUUUUUCUGGUAAACCAGCCAAUAGGGGUGUAUCAAACAAUCCUGGGGCGAUUGUGUUAACUCGGAUCCCUUGAAUAGCUAAAUCUCUUGCUAUUGGUAGAGUCAUUCCAUAGAUUGCUCCUUUGCUUGCUGAGUAAGCUGCUUGUCCUCUUUGGCCGUCAAAAGCAGCUACGCUAGCUGUAUUUACAAUACAUCCUCUUUGUCCAUCAACAUUAGGUUCAUUGGCUCCCAUAAGUCCAGCAGCUUGUCUGAUGACAUUAAAUGUUCCUCCCACGUUUACGUUGAGAACUUUCAGAAAGUCUUCUUGGGAGUGAGCCUUAUUAUUUUUGAAAUUAUAAGUGCUGACGGCUAUGCCGAUACCAGCGCAGUUUACAACAGCAUCUAAUUUGCCAAAAUUUUUCUUACAAACUUCCAAUGCAUUUCCAACGUCACUUUCAGAUGUUACAUCGGUUGGGACAAAAAUUGCAUCUCCUUUUAGACUUGCUGCUACUUCUUCACCCGGCGACUUUGGAAGGUCACAAAUCACUACUUUUGCACCUUCUCGCACAAAACGUUCUACUGUUCCUCGACCCAAGCCGGAAGCUCCACCAGUUACUAGAGCAACUAAACCCUGUUCAAAGAGAAUAAAAGCUAAUUUCAAGCUGAUUUUAUAUAAAAAAAUAUUUACCUUAAAUGUAGCGAUUGAAGACAUCGUGAAUAUAUCUUGACCUUGACAAUGAUCGUGAUUUACUUAAUAGGGUAUUACUACAUCCUACAAGAACAAGGAAUACUGAACAAAAUGUAUUUAUGCAAUUUAAUUAUAUUAAUUCCAGUUGCAGACUUGUAUAAAUAUAUAUUACGUUAAUUUGAAAUGUAUGGUAAUUAGAAUUUUGUAAAAACAAUUUAUACGCAUUGUAAAAAUGAUAAAAGUGGAUAAAUUUUAGUCAGACCGAUAAACUAAUUCUGAGAAUUUGUCAUAAUACAAGGCCUGACAAUAACAAUUUUUGUACUUUAUAAUACUCACUGUGCUUUUUUGUAAAUUGCUAAGUACAAGUUUAAAUGAAGUAAAUACAGUAUAUUGUGUAUUUUCUGUAACAAAGAUGAAAUCAGAAAACACGGUCGUGAUGAUUUUAUUGAUAACAUAUAUUACAAAAUAAAUUAUUUUGUUUUUUUACGAUUAAAAUAUCAAUUCUUCAAACUUUGUCACUGAUAAUGACAAAAAUAAUAUAUCUGUCAUUAUCAAAUUUAUAUAAUAAAAAAAAUAUGAAAAGAAAUACAGAAUAAGAAAUUAAAA